UUUUUUUUUUUUUUGCGGCCGUCAGACAUGAGGCCACUGAGACAGAAGCGCAAUCCAGCUGACGUUUCCGUGGGAGGAGGAGUCGUCUCGAGUCUUUCAGGAUCCAGCAUCACUUAGAGAAAUGCUCAAGCAACUCACAGUCUCCAAUUCCCGAGAUACCAAAGACAUUUUGUUGACUGUCACCAUGUUGGUCAGAAUAGUCUGAACUGAUUCAAGGAGUUUUGCGGAUAGGCGGGUCGGGCGCACUAUGAGAGUAAAAAAAACAUCAAUUAUGAACGCAACGCAUUAGUGGAAACAGACAUUUUUAUGGAUUUCUGUUGUGGACAUUUUGCAUCCAUAGAAAAGAAGACUUGUGGCGAGGAGACACACUUUUCACACGGACAAAACACGCGAGCUCUUCCAGACUGCUGCGGUGCGUUAAUGUGACUGUUUACCUCAGCAGCCGCUUAUUUUAAGCUAUUCAAUGGCUGAGAAUAUUAAUGACAUUGCAUUAAACGGCGCGUUUUGGAUAUUUAACAGUUAACGUGUCGAUAAGUACAACAACUGAACAGUCGCUUGAAUUUUCCAGCUGGCUGUAGGGCAACGUGUGACUACAACAGCUGAUGCCGAAGCAUCAUCCAAACCACAGAGAAAACUGAUGAAACUUUUUCACCCAGUUUGACCCUGUGCUGCAGUAAGAUCCACCAGGACAGCCUGUAAACACACAGUCGUCAUACAGAAGUCAGAUAUGGAAAUGACCAACAGGUCCCUGCAUAACCCCUAUCUCCUCCACGUGGAGCUCAGCCCGGUAAAUGACUUUUUGGAGGAGAACGAAACGAACUCUACCGGCGGCGAGCGACACUCUUUGGGCUGCGUGCAGAUCCGCAUCCCCCAGGAGCUCUUCCUGGCGCUGGGGCUCAUCAGCCUGGUGGAGAACAUCCUGGUGAUCCUGGCCAUCAUCAAGAACCGCAACCUGCACUCGCCCAUGUACUAUUUCAUCUGCUGCCUGGCCGUGUCCGACAUGCUCGUCAGUGUCAGCAACGUGGUGGAGACCAUGUUCAUGCUUCUCCACGACCACGGCCUGCUGGACUUGCACCCGGGCAUGCUGCGCCACCUGGACAACGUCAUCGACGUGAUGAUCUGCAGCUCCGUGGUGUCUUCGCUCUCCUUUCUGUGCACCAUCGCUGCGGAUCGCUACAUCACCAUCUUUUACGCGCUGCGUUAUCACAGCAUCAUGACCACGCAGCGCGCCAUCACCAUCAUCGUGGUGGUGUGGCUGGCCAGCAUCACCUCCAGCAUCCUCUUCAUCGUGUACCACACAGACAACGCCGUCAUCGUGUGCCUCGUGACCUUCUUCUGCACCACGCUGGUGUUUAACGCCGUGUUAUAUCUUCACAUGUUCCUCCUGGCGCACGUGCAUUCCCGGCGCAUCACGGCUUUCCACAAAAGCAGGCGCCAAUCCACGAGCAUGAAGGGAGCGAUUACCCUCACCAUCCUGCUUGGGGUCUUCAUCUUAUGCUGGGGCCCUUUCUUCCUCCACCUCAUCCUCAUCCUCACCUGCCCCACCAGCCCGUUCUGCAACUGUUUCUUCCGAAACUUCAACCUUUUCCUCAUCCUCAUCAUCUGUAACUCGCUCAUCGACCCGCUCAUCUACGCCUACCGGAGCCAGGAGCUGCGUAAAACUCUACAGGAGCUGGUCAUGUGUUCUUGGUGCUUCGGCGUGUGACAUCAAGUAUAUUCAAGAGAGGGCAAAUCGGGUCAUUAACAAUGUCGACCAUCUCUUCUUCCUCAGGGGCGCCGCCAGGGAUUAUGGGCUACAUGAAAAGAUAUCACCAUGGGCCCCGCCACCACAGAGCAUGCCACCAAAGGCCAUGCCAACCCUGAAAAUAUAACACUGCGCAGACAUGCAUACAACAUGUUGCAUGGAAUUCACUAUUUGAUGCAAAACUGAUACCCUCUAUAAGAAACGUGUUAAAGGCCGUCUCUUACAGUUUAAAUGUAAUUACAAUGGUCAAACAACAGACGGAAAAUUCCCUGAAAAUAAACAAAUUACCUAAAAUAAUUAUAACUUAAAUAUACAUUAAACUCUUCAAUUAAAAUAAAUUAAAAUUAUUGUUUAGCAUAUAGAAUGAUAUAGCAAACAAAAGCAAAAGAAUAGAAGAUGCAGAAGAUUAUUGGAUCACAUACCAAUCAUAAAAUAAGCAGCUGUAAAAGUGGAAAUGGACAAUGAAAAACAAAAUAAAAAGGCCCGAUGGUGGAGGAAAUGUCAAGUGGUCAUAUAUAAUCAUUAUGUGGACAAAUAAUUACAGUUUUUGAAUUCUUGUCAUUAAAGGAUUUAAUCAUUUUUCUUUUUUUCAUAAUAAUGAAAGAAAUACCAAAUACCAAACCAAUACCUAACCCUAACCCAAUACCAGGGCCAACCUGUUUCACGUUUAAAGGGGAGAAGAAAAAGAAACUUAGUUUUAUGGUAAAUUGUACAUAAAAUAUUCUAUUCUAUUAUAUUAAUGGUGAUAAGUUUAUAAUUUAACAUUGAAAAACCUAAUGUAAUACAUUUUUAGAGCCCCUGUCAGUCCCGCUACAGCGCCCCACCCCACCCCCUCAGGGCCCCUGUUCUACCUGAAUGUACAUUGUGUCUAAAGCUGAAGUAAGCCGUGACUGGUGCCCGCUGUUGAUGCCAUUGGUUGAUGCCCAUGCCAGACAUUGUACAUAACAGACCAAGACUGUAUCUCUGGUCAAGACUCCUGUCGGCUACAUGUCAUUGUGGAUUUGCUGAUUAUUCCACGUGUGGCUUCAGUUUUUAUUUAUUAUUGCAUCACACCAGUCUUGGCUCACGUUCAUGCACUGUAAAACAUCUGGACAUUUAAUCCACUAAUGACUCCCUUAACUAAGAGAGACCCUUAGUUUUGAAACUCUCUGAGUUAAGGGAGUCAUUAGGUCAAUGUAAAUUAUAGUAACUGAUCAGCAAUUUAUUUUUGUUAAGAGUCUUUUCAUGUGUUUUUUCCCCCUGCAAAUCAAAUGGAGUUUUCUUGUAUAUAAAAUGCUUCUUUUUGUUGGUUGAAAUAUGGGAUUUCUCUUAAUUCUGCUUUCACGAGCUAUUGAGAAAUCAAGAAAAGAAACUAAAAACUUGCACUGGAAAUAUGUUAUAUUGUAUCUCUGACCUGAAUUUCUCACUUCAUUAAAUUAAAACCGAAUAUUACUGUGCUCAUCAUUGGGUUAUUUCUAUUUGAAAUUAACCUUAACAAAAGUCUCUGCCUCAGACCUAAAGUUGGAUUAAUUUCUUAAGGAGCGUAUGAUUAAGGUUUUAACAUGCAAGGCUUUUAAGAUAAUGUGAUGUGUUAUAGAGAUGUAAUUACCACGUGAGGUCUAGUGGUCUAUUAUUUUCAUAUGCAACUUUUUCUCCAUUUUGUGUCCAUUUCCUACUGUUAAAAAAACAAAAACAAAAUGAAGCAUUACAUGUAAUGAUAAAAAAGUUGAAAUAACUGCUGCUAAAACACAAUUUUAUUUUAUUUAGGAAUAAACAGACAAAGAUCAUUGAUCCAAGCUGGUAUAAUGAAGCAGGAAAUCAAUGAGAUAUGAAAGGAAAGCUUUGUAGUAGCUUUAAAUGGUGUGAUGCAACUUUAAGAAAAAAAAAGGCUUAUUUGGUGGCGUUGUGUGGGAAUUAGGCUACUCCCCUAAAAAUAAAUGUCCGGAUGAUUGAAGGAAAAAAAAGAUGCAAAAUCACAUGAAUGGCUUUGUAUGAUGGUAGGCCUGAGGCCCAGGGUGUCCGAGGGUUUAUGAAAGAAGGCAUAUCAAAGUUAUAUUUGUGGAAGUUUGUGAGAUUCUCUGAAAUGUGCAAAGAGGGACAGUUUCUUAAAGAGCUGUGGCUGAAUAAUAUGCAUUUGUAGGACAUGUGAUACAUUGGUCCUGAUAUCUAUGGAGAAGUUGUUGUUAAAUAUAUUUUAUUGAAAAUAUAAAUAAUUUAUUUGUUGAAAAAAAUCAAAUAGACAGAACCAGAUGUCAGCCUUGACACAACCUAGAGUUAAUUAACAAUUUCAAUGAGCUAGAUGAAAUUGUCCUGAAAUGUACUAUAGGAUGUAACGCAUAGAUCUGGAAAUCGAGAAGCUUGCAAUUUUAUUCUAUUUUAAUCUUUUACAAAUUUUACUUUAUUCAUCCUAUGAUAAACUAUCAUAUUUUUUAUUUAUCCUAUGGAUUUGUUGUAAAUAGGGCAACAUUUUACACUCUAUUUGACCGGUUUUCCUUUAGAAAAACUGAAAAGCCAUCAUAAAUCUGCGUUUGAGCCAUGAAGUUUAAAAAAAAAAAUCCUGACAGAGUGCUGGGUAUAAAAGUGCUUUGCGGUGGUUUCACAGACAGCUGUUUCCAAAUGAAGGGAAAGACUAACAGAUCUCAUGACUAGGCUGUCUACAAAGACUAAAAUAAGGAUUUCAUUUACAAGUUAUAAAACCAUGCAGUGUGAAAUAUUCAUGUUAAUAUUGACAACAAUGUAGAUUGUUGUUCACUGUAGUUCUUGCUUUUACUGCUGGGGAAUAUAUACUGUACACAAUCCCCACUGUUAUCAAUGAAUUCAGUCCUUGAUAUUUUUCAGUGUAAUUUUUCUAUUGAUUUUGAACUAUAACUGACUUUACCUUUUCUUUUCUUUUUGUAAUAUUCCUAGUGGUAUUUUUCAACACCAUCACUUUAUUUUAUUUAGUUUUUUGGCAUGGGAGUUUUUACAGAGGAUUGCGAAUACAGUAUGGUUGUCUGGUAUCUGCUAUUUACAAAUAAUCUCUUUUAAAAGUAACAAGACGUUGCUGCUCAGUGCUGCAGUAUAUCCCCUAGAGUAAACCUAAUUGAACACAUACUGUAAAGGCUUUGGGUAUAACUACAAAAACUGCGUGUGAAACUGAGUGAAAAAAGAUUGUGUUGUACAGUCACUGUACUGAAGGAAUAUGUAAUAUGUGUAAUCCUUGCAGUUGUUUACAUGUUACAUAUUUGUCUCAAAUAAA